UUGAGCUUCUAGCUUUUUCUUCUUGCACAUUGUUGAUUAAGAUUGCUUACCGGGAAUAUCUGGUUUAGUUGGUUGACUAUUAUUGGAUGUGGAAAUUUUCUCGUUUCGUAAUCUCCUGAAUUCGAUUUUGCAGGAAGAAAUGAAGAAAGGAAUCCACCCUCAGAUGCAAUGGAUCUCAUAUGUAACCCAAAGUGGGCGAUUGAUGCAUGUUAUGAUGACCAAAAUACACCAAGCUGGAAAAGUUUAUCACUUCAGAGCAAGACGCCAGAUGGCUGAAAGUGUUGGUCAGGUUGCCAAGUUCAAGCGUCGCUAUGGACAAAUGGAAGAGGAAAAAGAAGACGAGGCCAAGUAAAACCAAUAUUUCCCUUUUUGCCCUUACUUUAAAUUUUCACCAUAAACUUGAUCUCGGUUGGGUUACUUGUUUUUACCCGUUAGUUACUUGUUUUUGGUUUACAUGAUCAUUAUUUAGAACCACCCAUGUUUACCAUUACCUAAUCUUCACACUUCUCUUUUGUUGAAUGUAUGUAUGCUAUAAAGACUAAAGAGGGCCAUAUGAGGCUUUUAAUCA